GGGUCCGCGGCGCUGGGCUGGCGAGCAGGAUGGAGGCGGCGGAGGCCAUGCCGGGCUACGAGGCGCUGGUGCGGCGCAGCUACGGGAGCCUGGCCGGGGCGCUGCGGAGCUGCACGGGCUGCGGCUGGGAGCUGGCCCGGCGGACGUGGGCCGAGAACGCGCGGCUGGCCUGGAGCGAAUUGCUGCUCUGCCUCCUCUGCGCCGUCGGCUGGACAGUCGCCCGGCGAGCCGCCACCCGGCGCCUCUUUCGGCCCUUUGCUGAGUGGUGCCAGCUGUCCCCCAAGGAUGCUGCCAAGAUGCCCGAGAGUGCCUGGAAGCUGGCCUUCUACACCCUCUCCUGGUCGUAUGGCACCUACCUGCUCUUCUUCGCUGGCUACCCCUUUUUCCAUGACCCUCCUUCGGUCUUUUAUGGCUGGAAGAGGGGCAUGGAGGUCCCGCCAGACAUUGCCAUCGCUUACCUGAUGCACGGCAGCUUCUAUGGCCACUCUCUCUAUGCCACAUUCUACAUGGACGCUUGGCGCAGGGACUCAGUCGUCAUGCUCGUCCACCACAUAGUCGCCCUAAUGCUCAUCACCUUCUCUUAUAUGUUCAGGUACCACAACGUGGGAAUCCUCGUCCUCUUCCUUCAUGACAUCAGCGACGUUCAGCUGGAGUUCACAAAGCUCAAUGUCUACUUCAAAUAUCGGGGCGGGGUCUACCAUCGUCUGAACGAUUUGAUCUCUAACGCCGGUUGCGUCUCCUUCAGCAUAAGCUGGUUCUGGUUCCGCUUGUACUGGUUCCCUCUCAAAGUGCUCUAUGCCACCUGCCACACCAGCCUCCAGACUGUCCCGGACAUCCCCUUCUACUUCUUUUUCAAUGCUUUGCUCUUCAUCCUGACUCUGAUGAACAUCUAUUGGUUUCUGUACAUCACCCUCUUCAUAGUGAAGGUCUUGCUGGGGCAAGUUCGGGAAGUGAACGACGUCCGGGAAUAUGAUGUUGACGCAGCCUGCAAGAAGAGAGACCGGGAGUUUCACAUCCCCAGCUGCUGGAAGGAGGGGAAACAUUUGAAGAACGGACUCGUGAAAGACAAGCGGUUGUAGAUGGCACCCACUGAAUCUCCGCUGGCAAGGACCCCCAGCUUGCUUGGCAACCCAGAGA